UAAACCUGUUUGGCGGCCGCGCCGGGGCGGAUCGUGCGGCCGGCGGCUCCCUCGCGGCUCGCGGCGUCGGGGCCCGUGGCGCGCGCGCGCGCGGCCGCCCCUCGGCCCCGGAGCCCCUCGGCGGCGCCACCAUGUACUCGGGAGCCGGUCCCGAUCUCCGCACGCCUGCCUCCCCGCUGUGUGACCCUGAUCGUCCAUCCCAACCCAUCCCGGCUGUGAAGUGGUGCCAGCGGUGGACCGCUUUACAGAGCUCUCCGUGCCGGCUGAGAAAAUGAACCCCGUGUGCGCAUUCACACGGGCCUGUCAGUGGGAUGACGGACAUCGUUACAGACGCUGAAGGCCGAGGCCUCACCUAGCCUCGACUCCCUGCAGGAUCCCACCACGUGCUGGGGAGGAGACUGCUCGCACCCCCUGCACCACCACCGCCACCCAUCCAAGGAUAUGCCUUCAAGCCUCCACCCAGACCCGACUUCGGGACCUCCGGGAGAACAAUCAAGUUACAGGCCAACUUCUUUGAAAUGGACAUUCCAAAAAUGGACAUCUAUCAUUAUGAGUUGGACAUCAAGCCAGAGAAAUGCCCAAGGAGAGUUAACAGGGAAAUAGUGGAACAUAUGGUUCAGCACUUUAAAACACAGAUCUUUGGGGAUCGGAAACCAGUGUUUGAUGGAAGGAAGAAUCUCUACACAGCGAUGCCCCUUCCAAUUGGGAGGGAUAAGGUGGAGCUGGAGGUCACGUUGCCGGGAGAAGGGAAGGACCGCAUCUUCAAGGUGUCCAUCAAGUGGGUGUCCUGCGUGAGCUUACAGGCGUUACACGAUGCACUUUCGGGGCGUCUGCCCAGCGUCCCCUUUGAGACGAUCCAGGCCCUGGACGUGGUCAUGAGGCAUUUGCCGUCCAUGAGGUACACCCCUGUGGGCCGCUCCUUCUUCACGGCGUCCGAGGGCUGCUCCAACCCGCUGGGCGGGGGCCGGGAGGUGUGGUUCGGCUUCCAUCAGUCCGUCCGGCCUUCUCUUUGGAAGAUGAUGCUGAACAUCGACGUCUCGGCGACAGCGUUUUAUAAGGCACAGCCAGUAAUCGAGUUUGUGUGUGAAGUUUUGGAUUUUAAAAGUAUUGAAGAACAACAAAAACCUCUGACAGAUUCCCAAAGGGUUAAGUUUACCAAAGAAAUCAAAGGUCUAAAGGUGGAGAUAACGCACUGCGGGCAGAUGAAGAGGAAGUACCGCGUCUGCAACGUGACCCGGCGGCCUGCCAGCCACCAAACGUUCCCCCUGCAGCAGGAGAGCGGGCAGACGGUGGAGUGCACGGUGGCCCAGUACUUCAAGGACAGGCACAAGCUGGUUCUGCGCUACCCCCACCUCCCAUGUUUACAAGUUGGACAGGAGCAGAAACACACCUACCUUCCCCUGGAGGUCUGUAACAUCGUGGCGGGACAGAGAUGUAUAAAGAAGCUGACCGACAAUCAGACCUCAACCAUGAUCAGAGCGACUGCCAGGUCAGCCCCCGAUCGGCAGGAGGAGAUUAGCAAGCUGAUGAGAAGUGCCAGUUUUAAUACAGAUCCGUAUGUUCGUGAAUUUGGAAUCAUGGUCAAAGACGAGAUGACCGAUGUGACCGGGCGGGUCCUCCAGCCACCCUCCAUCCUCUAUGGGGGCCGGAAUAAAGCGAUUGCCACCCCUGUCCAGGGCGUCUGGGACAUGAGGAACAAGCAGUUCCACACGGGCAUUGAGAUCAAGGUGUGGGCCAUCGCGUGCUUCGCUCCCCAGCGCCAGUGCACGGAGGUCCACCUCAAGUCCUUCACAGAGCAGCUCAGAAAGAUCUCCAGAGACGCGGGCAUGCCCAUCCAGGGCCAGCCGUGCUUCUGCAAAUACGCGCAAGGGGCGGACAGCGUGGAGCCCAUGUUCAGGCAUCUGAAGAACACGUACGCGGGCCUGCAGCUGGUGGUGGUCAUCCUGCCUGGAAAAACCCCCGUUUACGCCGAGGUCAAGCGUGUGGGAGACACGGUGCUGGGGAUGGCCACACAGUGUGUGCAGAUGAAGAACGUUCAGAGGACCACGCCGCAGACCUUGUCCAACCUCUGCCUGAAGAUCAAUGUCAAACUGGGGGGCGUGAACAACAUCCUGCUGCCACAGGGGAGGCCUCCCGUGUUCCAGCAGCCCGUCAUCUUCCUGGGGGCAGAUGUCACUCACCCACCCGCCGGGGACGGGAAGAAGCCGUCCAUCGCAGCCGUCGUGGGCAGCAUGGACGCCCACCCGAACCGCUACUGCGCCACUGUGCGCGUCCAGCAGCACCGGCAGGAGAUCAUCCAGGACCUGGCGGCCAUGGUGCGCGAGCUCCUCAUCCAGUUCUACAAGUCCACGCGCUUCAAGCCCACCCGCAUCAUCUUCUACCGCGACGGCGUCUCCGAAGGCCAGUUCCAGCAGGUUCUUCACCACGAGUUACUGGCCAUCCGUGAGGCAUGCAUUAAGUUAGAAAAAGACUACCAGCCGGGGAUCACAUUCAUAGUGGUCCAGAAGAGGCACCACACGCGGCUCUUCUGCACUGACAAGAACGAGCGGGUUGGGAAAAGCGGAAACAUUCCAGCAGGCACAACCGUGGACACGAAAAUCACCCACCCGACUGAGUUUGACUUCUACCUGUGUAGUCAUGCUGGCAUCCAGGGCACAAGCAGGCCUUCCCACUAUCACGUGCUUUGGGAUGACAAUCGUUUCUCUUCCGAUGAGCUGCAGAUUCUCACCUACCAGCUGUGUCACACCUACGUGCGCUGCACACGCUCCGUGUCCAUCCCGGCGCCAGCGUACUACGCGCACCUGGUGGCCUUCCGGGCCAGGUACCACCUGGUGGAUAAAGAACAUGAUAGUGCUGAAGGAAGCCAUACCUCCGGGCAGAGUAACGGACGAGACCAUCAGGCGUUAGCAAAAGCAGUCCAGGUCCAUCAGGACACUCUGCGCACCAUGUACUUUGCUUGACGUGUCUUAGUGUUUACGAUCGUGUACCGAGUUGGAUUCACAUGAGACCAGCUACCCUCAGAGCAACAAAUGCCCAGCACUUCCGUGACAGCCAGCAUCAAACAUGAAACAUCAUUGAUUUUAGUAGAUUCUGCAUUUUCCAGAAGGCCUUCUGUCCCAGAUUUCAGACUUGGAUUUUGAACUGCAGACCUGUAUGAGACCCCAUUGUCGUAGGAAAUAUGGUUUGCCAAAAUCUUACAAGCUGCUUGUUAAAAUAGAGUCCCGUGUUUCCUAAAAAUCUCGUAAAACCAGUCUAUGAACUCAGGGCUUUAAAACAUUUUUAAUUUAUUUGGUCAUUCAAUUUACUUGUUUUUAACUCAUAAUUCUAUGAAAUUGAUGGGCUCAAACUAGCUGUGAACGUGCUGUGAGCGUGAAAGCAACACAAAACACGUGGUUUUAAAGCCUUGAACAUUCUGACAUUGUCACUAAAGUUUAUUUCAGAGUGACACCAGUGUGCUCCUGACCUGGCUCCACCAGCUGUCCAGGCCCCCGAGGACAGGGGCCGGGCGAGGUGCCCGGUGUCUCUCGUUCUGCCACUGCCCGCCUUUCACGCAGCUCGAAGGAAGGAGCGGUGGCAGAAGAUGGGCCGAGUGUGUUUACAACAUUUAUAGGUCCAGAGAGAUUGGCACAAGUGCCAUUUUAAUAAAAAUUUAUUUAAGAAAAGAAAAAGACAAUAUGCUGACAGUCUAAUCAUAAGAUUUGUCCUAUAGGACUGUGACAUUUAUUUUCCAAAGUUUCUAAAGAAUACGGGUCUGUGGUGAUAAAUACAGUACAAUCCUUUUUUCACUGUUAUGUCUUUAAUGUAAGAGAAAAAAUAUAUAUAUCUGGUUUGCAGUA